AAGUAGUAGAGGAGCAUAUAGAUAAUGUGAUAAAAAUAUUUCCAUCUUGAUAUUAUGGGAAUGGCGUAUACUUCUAGAACAAGACAACAAGAUCAUGAUCCAUGAUCCAUGCCAAGUGGUUGUAUAGAGUCCUCACAAAUUUUACUGCCAUCCUAGAUUUUUGGUACACACACCAAAAGUACCUCAUCCUCCUAACUUCUGUCAGCCUUCAUUAAUCAUUACUACAAUUUGCUUGAGCUCGCCUACCAAAAUGGCUGUGGCCAUGGCUUCUUCAGGCUGUACUCUCGGAAUUUACACCAACUUGAAAGCUCUUGAAGUCCAGCCCAUUUCGAGACCUUCUCUUUUUAGCACAGCUUCUUCUUUUGACCAACUAAUCCACUCGUGCAUUUCACCAAAGAUAAGAUUGUCUUCGUCAGCAAGUACAGUUAUUGUAAAAGCAUCAUCUGCCACGGCUGUGGAGGAUGGAAGUUUUCAAGACACUGAUGCAAUCCCAACGCCUAAAGUAAUAAUAGACCAGGAUUCAGAUCCAGAUGCAACAGUUGUGGAGAUUACUUUUGGGGAUCGACUUGGGGCUCUCCUUGACACAAUGGGGGCACUUAGAAAUCUUGGGCUUAAUGUUGUCAAAGCAGAGGUCUUUCUUGAUUCUUCUGGGAAGCACAACAAGUUCUCCAUCACUAAAGUCUCUGAUGGUAGAAAAAUUGAGGACCCAGAAAUGCUUGAGGCAAUUCGUUUGACAAUUAUCAACAAUUUGCUUGAAUAUCACCCGGAAUCCAGUGGGCAAUUAGCGAUGGGUGCUGCCUUUGGAGUUUUGCCACCAAGUGAACAGGUUGAUAUUGAUAUUGUAACUCACAUCAGAGUUAAGGACGAUGGCCCUGAACGAAGCUUGUUAUAUGUCGAGACAGUAGAUCGCCCUGGUUUACUUGUGGACCUUGUCAGGAUCGUCACUGACAUUAAUGUUAAUGUUGUAUCAGGAGAGUUUGAUACAGAGGGUUUGUUGGCCAAGGCAAAAUUCCAUGUCAACUACAGAAACAAACCUCUCAUCAAACCUCUUCAACAGGUUCUUGCUAAUAGCUUACGUUAUUAUUUGAGGCGCCCAACAACAGAAGAGGGGAGCUUUUGAGACAUCAUACUUGUUAAAAUAAAGAUGAUAUAUGUUAAAGUCAAUUUACAAUUCAUGAUCACCUCCAUUUCUGUACUGUACAUGGAUAAAUUACUAUAUACAUGGAAAUGAAAUACAUCAAAUUUUCUU